AUGUGGGGGAUCCACAGGACGCGUUAUGCUGACUGCAAUGGCUCUGAAGCCAGUGAGGAGACAGAGAUUGUUGUAAACAUCGGCGGACUGAAACAGGUGUUGUAUGGGGAUGUGUUGAACCGCUACCCGGAGACCCGCUUGGCGGAAUUGGUGAACUGUUCACCGGGGACUUCAGGGGACUUAUCUUCACUGUGUGAUGACUACGACCCCGACACAGGAGAAUUUUAUUUUGACAGGGAUCCUGAAGCAUUUAAGUGCAUAAUUGAGCUGUAUGAUUAUGGAGAGAUACACAUGAAACGAGGCGUCUGUCCAAUUUGUUUUAUGAAGGAAAUGGAGUUCUGGAAAAUCGACUCGGAUUUUCUCGACGAGUGCUGCAAAAGCAGUCUGAAGGAGGUGGAGGAUGAACUCGCGGAGAUUGCGGAGAAAGUGAAAACUAUCCUGGUUGACCGGGAAGGGGAUCCUUCGGCCGGCGGCUGGCAGCGCUUCCAGGUGUACCUCUGGAGACUCAUGGAGAAGCCGGAGUCCUCGCUGGCUGCGCGCAUCAUCGCUGUAGUUUCUUUCUUCUUCAUCCUGGUCUCCUCCGUGGUGAUGUGUGUGGGGACCAUCCCUGACCUUCAGGUGGAGGACGCAGAAGGAAACCUCAUGGAGCAUCCGACUCUGGAGGUUAUUGAGACGGUGUGCAUCGGAUGGUUCACCAUUGAAUAUGUCCUGCGUCUGAUAUCCUCCCCGAAUAAAAUAAAAUUCGUCCUGGCUUUCAUGAACAUUAUUGACUUCAUGGCGAUCAUGCCUUUUUACGUGGUGCUGAUUUUAACAUCCCUGGGUGCAGGAAUGAUGGAGCUGGCUAAUGUGCAGCAGGCAGUGCAGGCUUUGCGCAUAAUGCGCAUUGCGCGCAUUUUCAAGCUGGCACGCCAUUCCUCUGGACUCCAGACCCUCACAUCUGCCUUGAAGAGCAGCUUGAAAGAGCUGGGCCUGCUUCUCAUGUACAUGGGCGUAGGAGUGUUCCUUUUCUCGGCGCUGGGCUACACUAUGGAGCAGAAUCACCCGGACACCUUGUUCACCAGCAUCCCACAGUCCUUCUGGUGGGCGGUGAUCACCAUGACCACAGUGGGAUAUGGAGACGUCUACCCCAAGACCACUUUGGGUCGGUGUAACGCGGCCGUGAGCUUUCUGUGCGGGGUGAUCGCCAUAGCGCUGCCUAUACACCCCAUCAUAAACAAUUUUGUCAUUUUCUACAACAAGCAACAGGUGCUGGAGACUGCGGCCAGGCACGAGAUUGAGCUGAUGGCUCUGCGCUCCGGCGACGGGCACCUGAAGGCCGCGUGCAGCUCUCAUAAAGCGGGCGGUGCUGCGGUCUGGGACAACACCAUGCGCUCCUCUCACAGCGACACCUACAUCCCUUUACUGAAGGACCCGAGGGGAGGCGCAGGGAUCCAGACCCCCAGCAUGGACACAAGCUUUGAAAGCACAGCCGAGGCCACCGAGUAUUUUGUCUCAUGA